AGCUGGAUGAUCAGAGAUUAGAUAGCACCAUGGCAAUUUUUAGAAGACCACUGACCGACAUUCCGUAUGAUCGGACGAUAUCCUGCAUUUUCGUAGAUGGAAUUUUUCUACGCAGAGAAAGCAUUGAUCAAAUGCUAACUGCACCCAUUGAAGCAUUGGUCUUUGGUCUACAAACUAGUGCAGUUGUUGCAAGAAUUCUUGCUACUACAGAGAAAGUAGGAAGCAUCAUAGAGGCAUGAUUGGAGUGCUGUUUGAUCGGCCACGCCUAUAUUUUAAUUAAUUAGUAAUAAUUAGUAUUAAUUACAAAGAUUGUCACGUUUGAGCCCUUAUCCUCGCUGUGUAACUGUGUCCAGUGUUAAAGAGCCUUGUAAAGAGUCUUAGUUAUACUCACAGAAUGGUGUCAAGACUACAGGAGCGAGUUUAUAGGUCAUCAACCCUUUCUCCUUCUCCUUCAAUGUCCAGUGUCACUUCUAGAUGUCCUUCUUAUAGGAAUUAUGAUAAUGAUCAAUUGAUGAGGGCAUAUGAGGCAGUAAAAGACGGAUGUUCUAUUAGAAGUGCUGCUGAAAAAUUUGGAGUGCCUCGAUCAACAUUAAGUGAUCAUGUGAGUGGCAAAGUACAAAAUGGUAGACACAGUGGGCCUGAGCGCUAUUUGUCUGAUGAAGAGGAAAAGGAAUUAGUACGUUUUAUUUGUAAAGCGGCAAGAAUGGGAUAUGCAAAAACACGAAAAGAAGUAAUGUCGAUUGUUGAGAAAGUAUUAUCUUAUAAAGGAAGAAGAGUGACUUUAUCAAAUGGUUGGUGGGUUUCUUUUAAACAGCGAUAUCCUUCUAUUACAUUGAGAACUGUUGAGAAACUGUCUUAUUGUCGUUUAAUUGCUACAGAUGAAUGUGUUAUGAGUCGUUACUUUGAUCUAUUAGAGGAGACUCUUCAAGAAAACGAUCUGUUAGAGAAGCCGUCACAAAUUUUCAAUUGUGAUGAGACAGGUCUUUGUUUAGACCAUAAUCCAUCAAAGGUUGUGGGAAUUAAAGGCCAGAAGCAUCCUCGAGCUGUGACAUCGGGGAGGAAGAAACAAAUUACCGUACUUGCUUGUGCAAAUGCAGCAGGUAAUUGCUUACCGCCUUUAGUGAUAUUUGGAUGGAAAGCAAUGAAUCCUAGCCUAACAGUUGAUGAAGUGCCUAGUACGAUGUAUGGCCUUAGCUCAAAGGGCUGGAUGGAUUCUGAAAUUUUUUUGAAUUGGUUUCUACAUCAUUUUCUUUUACAUGCACCAUCUGUGAGGCCUUUACUCCUAUUAUUAGAUGGCCAUUCCACACACUACAAUCCUAGUUUUAUACAACGAGCUGCUGAGGAAAAAGUUAUUGUUUUCUGUUUUCCUCCCAACACUACUCAUCUCACGCAACCUCUUGAUAAAGGGAUAUUUGGUCCUUUAAAGACCUAUUGGAACCAAGAGUGUCUGCGUUUCAUGUCCGAGAAUCCUGGCCGAAUAGUAACAGAGUACGACUUUAAUCCUUUGUUCAGUAAGGCUUGGUAUAAAGCCAUGUCUAUAUCAAAUAUUAUGGCUGCUUUUAAGACGACUGGAAUCUAUCCUUUCAAUCGUAAUUCUAUUAAUGUGAUUGAUGACAUUCCAGAUAAUCGAUCACUAGCAGAGAGGACAGGAUUAGCAUUUAUUCCUUUGUACAGCCCCGCCCGUUCUAAGCAGCCUGUCUCUGAUCUUUCGUCUAUUCACACCCCUAUUUCUUUUACCAGUGAUGAAGUUACACGUUUCAUAAGGAGGUAUGAAGAGGGAUAUGAUAUUACUGAUGAUGAGCGUUACAAUUUGUGGCUGAAGCAACAUGAGCAACAGCAACAUUCACCUGACCCGAGUCCUUCACAUUCUUCAGAUAAAGAAUCCACUGUAGCUGGAUCUAAUAUUUUAAUUGGGAAGGUAUCAAAUCAACCCAGGUCUACGUUACGUAAAGUACUUACCUACCCAGAGCAUCACACUUCUUCUAAAGCAACAGAAUCUAAAUCUGCAAGAGUUCUUACUAGCUUAGAGAAUCGAAUGGCACUUGCUGAAAAGGAGAGACAGAAAAAAGAGAAAGAGGAACUCAAGGAAAGAAGAAAGUUAGAGAGGGAACAAAAAAAGGCAGAGAAGCAAGUGGCUACUAAACAGAAGAAAAAGAAUACUAAAUGUGUGAGAGAUGAAUUAGAUCUGGAUGUUUCGUGCCACAUAUUUGAUUUCUCUGGGAAUAGAAGUGAAGGAUCUCAAUUGUAUUUAAGUGACAAUGAAGCAGUUGAUGAGAACACUUCAAUACAUGUACAUUCAAGUAUCACUUCAGAAAUUGGUAUCAGUGGUUCCUCUACAACUAAAGGAGGUAGCUCUUCUCGUGCUCUGAGCAAAAAGUCUUCUAGUAGUAGGGUAGCAAGACGUAAAAAUUCAUAUAAUAAUUCCUGUAAGCCUUCUUGUACUAGUAGGCGAAUAACAAGAAGUUGUAGAACUACUGAUACUAGUGCAUGUGACUCAUCAGCUCUUAAUAACAAACCUUCUGGUUAUAGUACAAGAGGUAGUAAAACUACCAAUGCAAGUAAUUCAUCAGUUCUUAGUAAACCUUCUGGCUGUAGUAAAAGAGGUGGUAAAACCAAUACGACAGUUCUUAGUAAACCUUCUGGUUACAGUACAAGAGGUAGUAAAACUACCAAUGCAAGUAAUUCAUCAGUUCUCAGCACAAGAGGCCGUAAAACUACCAAUGCGAGUAAUUUAUCAGUUCUAAAUAAACCUGGUAGUACAAGAGGUGGUAAAACUACCAAUGCAAGUAAUUCAUCUGUUACAAGUAGAUGUAACUCUCUUUCUUCUUUGUCGGAUACUGAUAAUGUAGAUGAGAAAGGUUAUUGCUUUUGUGGUGGAAAAGAUGAAGGUCAAAUGGUUUAUUGUGAAAAUAAAAAUUGUAGAAAUGGCCAGUGGUUUCACUUUAAGUGUGUUCAGAUGAAAACAGCACCAAGAGGAUUGUGGUUUUGCUCUAAUACCUGUAACCAAGAAUUUCAGUGUCAUUAAUGAUUGAUGAACAAUGAUAAUAAACUUUAUUAACAAUUAUAAUAAAUUAUAGGCGUGGCCGAUCAAACAGCAA